UCAUGGAAGUUGGUGGUUCUGGUUCAGUUCUAUAAUGUGCCAAUUAACGAGUGCCACGCAAAGUUGGUAUUGAAGCCUCUAUCCUAUGAUCGAAAAUGGAAGUUCAUAUACGAGCCUUUACAUCAUGAUGUUCACCUUCUUUCCAAGAAGAUCCCUGUUACAAACUUUCUUAGUCUCCAGGUUGGCGUAGGCCAUAGCUUUCAGUUGCAUGCCACUGGUUGGAAAUGGAAGCUUACUACUUGUUUGGGUGGAGAUGGUGUAUCUAGGAUCCGGAAUAAGACAUCACUUGGGCUGUGCCCUGGCGUGGAUUUGCGGUUUGGGUGGAGAGCAGACUAUGUCUUUCCAGAAAUUACUGGGUAAGUUCCUCAUCUUUGGCACUCAAAUCAGUAGUAAUAAAGACAUAAAUAUCCUGACGUGAUUGUUUUCAAGCAUUUCCAAAAAUUCAAUAUGCUUAGGAACACGGAUAUAGGCAUAGGACAUGGGCAUGCAACACAUCAUUUUCUCCCCAAAUUGGAACAUGGACAGGUUGGAGACACAUUGACUACCAAACAAAUAUAUGUUAUAGGUGUAUCUUAUAUUUGUAUGCAAAUGAAAGAACGUUUGAAGCAUCUACUGAAAAUGAAAAAAAUUAAAGAAUGCAUAUGCUGUUAGUAAGUUGAAGGUGUAAAGCAAUAAAACCAUACAAAUGGUGUUAGUUG